CAUUCUACUACAAACAAAUAAGGUUAUGUUGUCUGAAGUUUAUAUGUGAUUUGAAUGUGUAUUGUCAUCUGUUUGUUUACUAUAUUGUUAAUUAUUGUAAUUUAUCUUAAAUCAUUUAUUCAGUAAAAAAAUGGUAAAACGUAAAGGUGACGAAGAAUAUUGUAAACGUGAUACUUUACCACGUAGAGCUAAAGAACAGUCUGUAAUUAACCUUGAAAAGCUAGCUGUGAUAAUGGAAGUUAUAGAUGUUAGUAGUGCUGUUGAUGAUGCUGUUGUUAAAGAUGAAAAAACUAAAAAAAAGAAAGUAAGGUUAAAAAAGAGAAAGAAGCCAAAUAUUGAUAAUGCCAUAGAUGCUACUGAAUCAGACAUUUUAUUGAGCUCUCUAGACCAGGAAGAUGUUCCUGACCAAUCCAAGAAGACAAGUGAUUCAAGUUUAACAGUGAAGUCAACAACAACAAACUCAACUGGAUUUUCACUGUUUAUGGAAUUGGAAGAACGGAGAGAUUUGCUAUGCAACUCUCCGGUUACCGACCCACUUGGUCCAGACAGUUUCGAUAGUUUUCAGUGGGUAGAGGUCAAACAAGAGUUACCUGAAGAUGUGGAGGUGUCUAAAAUUACUUUGACUGAGCUGCCACUUAAAGUCGAUGCAGUGACAGAAGUAGAUGUGGAACAGAUUGCUUCAGAGAAGUCUCCUCCACCUGUAGAAGUACCCCUUGCACCUGUUCCGCCUGAUGACCAAAGAGAAGAACUCAGUGUAUCAGAAGAAGAGGACAGUGAGAAUGAUGACUGGGGCCAGGACUCUUGUAUUGAUGAUUCAAGUUCUGAGCCUGACAACAGAAAGUCUGAGGAGAAUGUGUUGAAAAAGAAAAGAAAAAAUCACCCUCAAGACUGUGAUAUAUGUGGUAAAAAAUUGUCAUCUAGAGGAAGCCUUCGAUUACACAAGUUGAAUAAGCAUAAACAAAAGAUGCAAUUUAGUUGUGAAUUGUGUGGUAUGAAGUUCGAUUUUCAACGGGAAGUUGUAAAACAUAGGAAUGACAGCCACAGACAGGAAGAUGGACUUUUUUGUUGUGAAAUAUGCAGUAAGCGAUUACCAGAUUACCACAGCUUUCUUGUGCAUGUCAAAUCUCACAUAAAGAACUGUAAAGAAGAAGAAGGAUCAGACAAAGUCUGUAAAGAAUGCGGCAAAUCUUUUCAGGAUGAAAAUAGUCUGAAAAUACAUAUUACACUUAUCCACAGGAUGGAAGUUGUUGGACUAAGGAAAAACCUUAAAACUCAAGAGAAAAACUUUAUUUGCGACACAUGUGGCAAACGAUUUGCUUUCAACUGCCUCCUUCAGGACCACAUAAAUCUGCAUACAGGACUAAAGCCAUAUUGUUGUCACAAGUGCGGAAAAUCAUUCUCUCAAAAAGCGACACUGAAGCAGCACACAAAGACGCACAGUGAUGUUCGCCCCUUUCAGUGCGCUGAGUGUUCUCUGGGUUUCUAUGGUAGGGGUGAUCUUAUGAAACACAUAAGGAAACAUACAGGCGAGCGGCCUUAUGUAUGUGAGAUGUGUGGGGAGGGGUUCUCACGUAGUGGUCACCUCGGAGUUCAUCGACGUUCACAUACAGGUGAGCGGCCAUACAGCUGCGAUGUAUGUGGACGAGCAUUCACCAAGAGGGGAGAUGUGGUCAGACACCGCCGCAUCCACACUGGUGAGCUGCCGUACCUCUGUCAAGUCUGCGGCAAGAGUUUCCGUCAGUCCACUCAGUGUGCCAACCACAUCAAGAGCCAACACCCAGACAAUCUGAUGCCUGUCUUUGUGGCCAAAAAUCCUACUGCUUUCAACCAAAGGAUGGAGUCACAGUUUAUUUGCUGAUAAUUAUUGAUAAUUGUUCCUAUUUUCUAUUUGUAUAUCACUUCAUUCAAAUCAGUCUUCAUAUGGUGUAACGUAAUUAAAUUCACUUGAGUUUGAAGUAAACCUAAUGAAGGAAACAGGAUUUUUCCGGACAUUUGCCAUCGUUCAGUGAUACAACAAAAUCAGUAACACUAUGUUUCAAGAUUUGCAAUCUGAUCUCUUCUUCAGGUAAAUAACUAACCUAACACAUAAUUACAAACCUAGUAAACCUAAUGUAAAGCAGAGCUCAGUAAUAAUUAUGACAGUUUUUCAUACAAUAUAUUUUUAUACCUAUUUAGAAUAUUUAAACAUAUCAGUACUAAAUAAAAAGCCUUUAGACUAAAAUUUUUAUUGACAAUGACAUUAACAAUGUUUCCUGUCAAUAGCCGUAGUCAAAGUUUAGAAAUUAAAAAUGAAUUAUAUUACCUAACCAAGAAAUUUGUUAAGUAAUGCAAUUCAUAUAAGUUAUUAUUAUAUAAUGUAAUUUAUUGUAUAUUUAAAUUUUUUUAAAUACUCUUAUAAAUUAGUAUAGUCAGUGGUAUGAACUUAAAGUAAUUAAUCCCCCCAGAGCAAAACUAAAUAUUGAAACUUAAAUACUCAAGUAUUUCAAUUUAUAUAAACCGUUUUCAUACUACUCAACUUCAAAUAACCUCCCAGGCAUUCUCUUGUCAUAUUUCCCCAAGAAAUUUUGUAAAGUGCAUUACAGAUUUUUACCCUCUCCUGUACGUUGUAGUUUCCAAAAGCAUAUAUCCUGCAUGAACUCCCAUUAGGUGCAAUUUAUUUAUCUUGAAUAUCCUCAACUCCUCCAUAACCUGGCAAAUCCUGAGGGAUUUAUCUAUUCAACUGGAAGUCCAAGACAUUAAGCUAGUUUUGCGUCAAACAGUAAUAAUCGAAUGAUGCAACCACAGUGAUAGUCAAUUUCAAAGCAAAUUCUGCAGAUAAUCCUAUCUUUAUUGUCCAUUCUAUCUUUAAGACUAUUUAGUAAAAAUAUUCACUAUUAUAAAACCACUUCACUAAGACUAAUAAUUUUACUAUAGUGUAUUAUCGUACCAAUACAUACACUUGAAAGAGGAGGGUAAUCCCUCUUUUUAAUUCUUAUUCUGUUUGAGUUCAUGGAUGACUGCCCUGUAUGAGGGUAUUGUCUAAUAAAAUGCGGGAAAAAGUUGGUAGAGUUCAAAAUCAAAAUUACUGAUAAAAACGUGCUAAACUAGGUCCAAAGUAUGUUUUGGGCCUUGCGGCCACUGAUUUUGAUGAAAAGUUAUGUGUCCAUUAUUAGUUAUUUCUAUUCUUCUCCCAGACAAAAAUUGUAUUUAUGCCACUGACUGUAGUAUUAGAAGUUAUUGUAGGGAAAACCGGUUCUUUCAGUUCCUGUUAAUUAAAUUUACAUGUGUUCCGAGCUUUAUUUUUUUGUAGCUUUUAAUUGUUAUGAUCUAUUGUAUGAUUGCACAUUAAUUAAAUAAAUUUGUAUAGUUA